AUGGCGAACAAGAUCUUUAAGCUCAACACCGGCGCCGAGAUUCCGGCCCUCGCUUUCGGAACCUGGCAAGGCGAAGGCGACAAAGUAAAAGCAGCCGUCUCCUACGCCCUCCAAAACGGCUACAAAGCCGUCGACUGCGCCUACUGCUACGCCAACGAAGACGCCGUAGGCGAAGGACUCCGCGAGGCCUUCGCGUCCGGUGUGAAGCGCUCGGACAUCUUCAUCACGACCAAAGUAUGGUGCACGUACCAGACGUCGCCCGAGAGGGUCGAGGAAGGAGUGGACAAGAGCCUGAAGAGCUUGGGGUUGGAUUAUCUCGAUUUAGUCAUGAUUCAUUGGCCCGUGGCGAUGAAUCCGGAGGGGAACCAUGAUCGGUUUCCGACGUUGCCGGAUGGGAAGAGGGAUAUUAUUCAUGGGCACUCGCAUAUCGAUACGUGGAAGUCGUUAGAGAAGUUGUUGGCUACGGGGAAGGCUAAGGCGAUUGGGGUUUCUAACUAUAGCAAGCGAUACCUUGAACAGCUUCUUCCCCACGUCACAGUCACGCCGGCCGUCAACCAAAUCGAGAACCACCCUUCGCUGCCCCAGCAAGAGAUUGUUGAUUUCUGCAAGGAGAAGGGCAUCCACAUCAUGGCGUACAGCCCGUUCGGCAGCACAGGCAGCCCCAUGUUCAAGGCUGAGCCGGUGGUCAAGGUUGCCGAGAAGAAGGGUGUCAGCCCCGGAACUAUUCUCCUCAGCUACAACGUGGCCCGCGGAAGCACCGUCAUCGCCAAGUCCGUCACACCCGAGCGCAUCCUGCAGAACCUCCAGAUCGUCGACCUCGAUGAGGAGGAUCUCAAGACGCUGAAUGACUACUCGGAUGAGUUGGCUAAGAAGGGAGAGUUGAAGCGAUACGUGUACCCGCCGUUUGGUAUUGACUUUGGCUUCCCCGAUAAGUCUUAG